AUGGCGCCGCUUCGUGGAGGAGAACAGGUCUAUGCGACGCUUCUGUUGAACGACGCAUACCUUCCAGGCGCAUUGGUUCUUGCUCAUUCUCUCCGCGAUGCCGGCACUUCGAAACAGCUGGUCGUGCUCGUCACGCUCGAUACCGUAUCUGCCGAGGUUAUCACAGAACUCAAGGCUGUCUACGAUCAUGUCAUCCCCGUGCCGCGCAUUCGGAAUGCUCGACCAGCGAACUUGUACCUCAUGAACCGGCCUGAUCUCCACUCAGCCUUCACCAAAGUCAACCUCUGGCGCCAGACUCAAUUUUCCAAAAUUGUCUACAUCGAUGCCGAUGUCGUCGCCUAUCGAGCUCCUGACGAACUAUUCGACAUUGCCGCGCCCUUCUCUGCCGCACCCGAUAUCGGAUGGCCGGAUCUUUUCAAUACUGGUGUAAUGGUUCUGAGCCCCAACAUGGGAGACUACUAUGCUCUCAUGGCGAUGGCGGAGAGGGGCAUUUCUUUCGAUGGUGCCGACCAAGGUCUCCUCAACAUGCACUUCAAGAAUACGUACAAUCGCAUCAGCUUCACCUACAAUGUCACACCCUCGGCACAUUACCAGUACGUGCCUGCGUACCGACACUUCCAGUCCAGCAUCAACAUGGUGCAUUUCAUUGGCCCCGACAAGCCGUGGUUCCAAGGUCGACAAGCGAGCAAAGGAGAUUCACCAUUCGAAGACAUGAUUGGAAGAUGGUGGGCCGUUUACGACCGGCAUUACAGAGUUGCCGAAACAGCAUCUGCUCCGCCACAAGAGCAGCAGCCACAGGUUCAGGAGGAGCAUACUCCUGUCCAGCAGCAGCAGACACAUCAGGAACAGCAGGUUCCUGAGAUUGUACAGUAUUUUACUAAAGGAGAAUUCCAGCCGCAAGCUGCGCAAGCAGCAUCAACGGGUGAGCAUUUCCACGGGGCGGAAACGCCCCGUAGCCACGGUGGCACACACUACCAGACGGUGCCCUCUUCCUCGGGUCAUCCGGCUCAUGGCCCUUCCCACCAUGAUGCUCACGAUGCUGGCUCUUUCCAGUCAUGUGUUCAUCACGAACAGCCCCAUCAUGGUCAAGGAUCCCAGCCUGAGAUCGCGUAUCAGGCUGGCCAUUCGUUACCCCCUUCGAGCGAUUCAUUUGGUGCUUUUGCUGGAACGCAAGCUGAGGCUCGAUCAGAGCAGAUUUCAGCACAUGAGGGGCGGGGUGAAUCAGUACCAGUGGAGCAACCAAGAGAGCCAACUCCUCCGCCAGCAUGGGACGCUCAGAGACAACCCCCACCGGCAGAUUCAAGACCAGAGGCACUCAACUUCCCUUCACAGACGUAUGAGAUGUCUCAGGACCCCGCUCCAUUUGUGCCCCCCCAACGAUACCCGAGUCCCCCAAGAAACAUGUGGUAUGAGGUUCCGAAGGACAAGCCAACGCAGAAGCCUCGUCACCUCUUCCCAUGGGAGAUCAACCAACCCAAGCCGACCAGAGUCUUCACUGCGGAUUUGGCCGAGCCGGAAGCCGAAGAAUCUUCGAGCACGCCGACUGGUGAGCACGCGGCGUCUUUCACGGCGUCUUCCACAUCCCAGGCUCCCGCUGAGCCGUCUCUUUUAGGAUCAUCGACGACUGGUCAAAAGAGCGAGCCCAGCACCCCAGCCACUCCAACUAUCAAAGUCAGCCCGUCGGACCCUUGGACCGCUUUUACACGUACGAAUGCCUGGGACGAAGUACCCGAAAUCGAACGUUACGUCGAGGGUCUCCAGAAGCAUCGUCGUGGGAAGAGCCAGGGCUCGGUGGGAACCUCUGAUGGAAAGACAGCAAAGGAGCAUGGGCUCAAGCUCACAGACUUCCCUAGCGUAGUCGACAGACCUAGUCUUCCAGUCACUCCUGCACCUAUCCGUCGGCCAAAGUUCUGGGGCGGUGGCCCCAAACCUGGCGACGGAGAGGAUGAUGAGGAACUGCCGGUCGCCCAGGGCGUGCCGCCGCAGACUGACUGGGUAUGUGUGCAUGGAAUUCGGUGGACUCCCGCAGACUGUCUUUGCGAAUAUACUAACCUGCCCUUGCGCCCCAAGGACCCUUCUGCACAGCUUCAGGAAUUGGCUAAGCAGCAGUCAGAGGCUUUGUUGAAGAAGCUCGGUGGUGGUGAAGGUGGACCUGAGGGUGUGAGUCGAGAGAUCCCGAAACGUUCCUUGCCGUUCGGCUCGGAGAGAGUGUUUCCACCUACUUAUGUUGCGCAGUCGUCUAAAGGAGUGGUACUCAGUCCGCAGCCGGUGAAAGGCAGCGCGACUACGAGUGUUUUGCGCAAUCUGGGUGGUGAGCAGGCACAGAUCCAAGAGCCGGCGUAUCAAGGUCCGGGUACCGCCUGGGAGAGGGGAGAGGGUGCCCCGUUGUGGGAGACGCCUGCACUUCCUAUGGAGGAGCAGCGCGAUGUGCUCGACACAUAA